AUGCAGAAGAUUCUCUACAAGACCACCACCACUUGCUCCACGCCUCUCCUCUCCUCUCCUGCUACCCCUAUCGCCAUACCCAAUCUCCUCUCUCGAAGGCUUAAACCCUCCUCCAAAAACCCCAAACCUUUCUCCACUUCCCCUAUGACAACAACCACAUCCUCUGUUUCCACAAACGCCGCCGUUUUCUCCGGGCUUCUGCAGAGAACCCAUGUUCACAGGGCGGUAAAGGCGUCGCCUUUACGGUUCUCAACCUCUUACCGAUGCGCAAUCAGUACCAAGAGUCCAGCUUCGUCGAGAUUGUUCCACUCAGAGUCUAAUAACGGUUUGAGCUCUGUUAACGCUGUUGGAGACAGCUCUGACGGAGAAGAAGGAGAUGAAAAGCCAAUGAGAAUAAACCGUCGAAAUAGACGGAGCUCUAACGGAAGUUAUGACGGUAAUCCAGAUUUGCUGAAGAUACCUGGUGUGGGUUUAAGGAACCAGAGGAAGCUUGUUGAGAAGGGUAUUGGAGAUGUUGCAGAGCUCAAGAAGCUCUACAAAGAUAAGUUCUGGAAGGCAAGUGAUAAGAUGGUUGAUUAUCUCCGUAGCUCUGUUGGGAUUAUACACAGGAACCACGCGGAGAGUAUAACAACGUUUAUCAAAGAGAGUGUAGACGAUGAACUCAUCAAGGAGCCUAGUGUGAAUGGGAAGAAGCGUUUGACGUUUUGUGUUGAAGGGAAUAUCAGUGUGGGGAAAUCAACUUUCUUGCAGAGAAUAGCUAAUGAGACUAUUGAGUUGCGUGACCUUGUUGAGAUAGUUCCUGAGCCGGUUGAUAAGUGGCAAGAUGUUGGACCUGACCAUUUCAAUAUACUUGAUGCUUUCUACUCUGAGCCGCAGAGGUAUGCUUAUACUUUCCAGAACUAUGUGUUUGUCACGAGGCUGAUGCAGGAGAAGGAGUCUGCUUGUGGGGUUAAGCCAUUUAGGUUGAUGGAGAGGAGUGUGUUUAGUGAUAGAAUGGUGUUUGUGAGAGCUGUUCAUGAAGCUAAGUGGAUGAAUGAGAUGGAGAUAAGUAUCUAUGACUCUUGGUUUGAUCCUGUUGUUUCUGCUUUGCCUGGGCUUGUACCUGAUGGGUUUAUAUACUUGAGAGCGAGUCCUGAUACUUGUCAUAAGAGGAUGAUGUUGAGGAAACGAGCGGAAGAAGGUGGAGUGUCGUUGAAGUAUCUUCAGGAUUUGCAUGAGAAGCAUGAGAGCUGGCUGUUACCGUUUGAGAGUGGAAACCAUGGGGUGCUCUCUGUUAGUAAACCGUCUUUACAUAUGGAUAACUCUCUGCAUCCUGAUAUCAAAGACAGUGUGUUUUACUUGGAAGGAAACCAUAUGCAUUCUAGCAUCCAGAAGGUCCCUGCUUUGGUUUUGGACUGUGAACCAAAUAUUGACUUCAGCAAAGAUAUUGAAGCAAAGAGACAGUAUGCACGCCAGGUUGCUGAGUUCUUUGAGUUUGUGAAGAAGAGGCAAGAAACCACAGAACAUCAGUCUCCGUUGCUGAUGCCUCCUCAAAGUGGAGGUCUCUGGAUGGGACCAGAAGGCAAGCAUGUCCCCGGAUUAGAACUCCAGAAUCUGGAUUUCAGGAAGGCCAUGUCACUCUUAACCAGACCGUCUGCGUAGACGGGUCAAUGGACUCUGUUUUUGUUUACUCCAAGGAGUAUCGUCCUGUUAUGAAUGUCAAUAGGUAUGGUCGGCUUUUGUUUCGUUUGUUUUUUCCCUAUUAGAUGUAGAAACAUGGUGUGUUUGGUUAGUUUAUAACCCUUUCGUGUAGAGAAGAUUAAUGUCUGGAUACGUAUAUUAGAUGUUGUUUCUUGAAAUCUUUGUUGGUCUAAAACUUCAGUUUUCAGUUACUGUAUUGAUCGGUGCAAGUU